AUGGAAUUAAUGAAAGCAGAUGAAGUAAAGUUGGAUCAAGAUCUCUGGCUUACUCAAAUCAAGGAAGGCCUGCAAUUUCAGGAUGAGAAAGAAGAAGAAAAAGACAUACGUGUAUCCGUUUUUGGUGUGCCCAAGGAGCCGUUGACAGUGAAGCCAGAAGCAUAUAUUCCGCAGUGCGUCUCCAUUGGACCGUAUCACUAUUUGAGACCCCAACUAUUCGAAAUCGAGAGAUACAAAAUAGCUGUUGCACGAAGAUUUGAGAAGACGCUAACCGGUUACUGCAACUUCGAAUCUGUGGUGGAAGAGGUGAAGAAGUACAACUGGCAAAUCAGGAACUGCUACCACAAAUUUCUUGAGUAUAAAGAGGAAGCCCUUGCAUGGCUCAUGGCUCUGGAUGGGUCGUUCGUUCUGGAGUGCUUGCAGUUCUACCUCAAACAGGCGGAUCGCACUUCUUCGGAAGUGUCAUCCCAGGUGAAGCCACUGGGCAGAGUUGUAGAUAUAUCUCGCAGAAGUGAAACCCACAAUGCAAUUAUGAGAGAUCUGAUGAUGCUUGAGAAUCAGUUACCUUUGUUUCUCUUGCAGAAGCUUCUGGAAAUGCAGUUGGGUUCGCAAGAGAAGGCCGAAGAAAGGCUCUGCAAUCUAGUGACUCUAGCCUGUAAAGAUUGGUCGCCAUUUAUGUUGAAGAUGCGAGAUAGUUCAAGGCUCCUUAUAAAGGAGAGAGGUCACAUAUUGGAGGAGCUAUACUACUCUAUUGUCGCUGCAGUAGCCAUGGACGAUACCAUUUUUAAGAAGAAUGAUGACCCGAAUGUCCCAUUGCCGGAUUCAACCUACUUAAGGAGUGCUCUGAAAUCUUUAUGGAAGGCUCUGUCCUCCUUAAGAAUCAACCUUGUUCAACUUGUCUUGGCACUCUCUGAGCGUGCCUUAAAAGGGAGGCCUGUCCAGUUGGUGACACAGUUGUCCACGAUUCUUGGUUCCAUUUUUCAAACUCUUCCAAUUAAGCGUAAAGAUGAAAAGGAUGAGGAAACAGAUGAGGAGAGAGGAUAUUCCUCUGUGGAAACUCCUCCAAUUCGCGACUAA